AUGAUCCGUGAGAUGGUGCGUGAGGUGGUCAAGGAGGCCAUUCGUGAAGCUUUCAGCUCUGGGUUUUCUAUGACAGAUCCUGGUAAGGCUGCAGCGAAAGGCAAAGGCGGCCAAGCUAGAGACAACGGCCCGAGCCAGGGCGGGAAGAGCAAGAGCAAAGGCAAGGAAGUCAAGGCUCAAGGUGCUGCAGACAGCGGCCGAGGCAAACCUGCUGCGGAUCCAAAAACCCAACCCAAACCGGGCAAGGGCAAGGGCGCUGCGCCCCGUUCUGAGAAGUCGAAGCCAGGUGUAGAUGACGAUGGCAAUAAAUGGAAGCUUGUUGAGCGCAAGAACGCCACUUCGGAGUUCGUGCUGAGGCAACAGGACUGGGAUGCACGGCUCAUGUUGUUCAAUGAGGUCUCCGACAACAUCGACAAGAUGAAGCCGGACGAGAUUUUCAAGGCGGUUGUGCGCUGUGAUGCUAAUCAGAGGGCCGUUCUUCGUCGCAUUCUGGAGGGCUCCAAGCGUCAGUUCAGCGUCCUUGCAGUCACGAUUGGCAAGGAAGAAGGUCAGACUCAGGAAAGGGUGCCAGGCAGGCAGGGCGAUUCUCUCGCCUUCCGCAUUGCCACGGUCACCAAACUACUCUCGGACAAGCAGAUUGCACCACAGCCGGCUGGCAUGAAGCAGACCACUGUCAAGUUGGUGCAGAAGGCCACUGAGGUCUUAAUUGUUCGUGUGUCAAAGCAUUUUGCCACCAAGGAGCUGUGGGAGGCUUUUGAGAAAAGUCCACAAUGUUGUGUUGCACAAUGGCUGGCAGAUCGACAUGUGAACGCUCUAGACAGUUUUGCGUGGAAGGCGGAGAAGGGUGAUAACCAGGGGCAUCAGCUUUUUGGAUUGGUUCGGCUGCUGAAACCUGAAGCGGAGGCAAUCUUAAGCACUUCUGGUCAGGAUGGCGUUUUCUUGGACCCCUCAAGAUCCAUGCAGAUCAAGGGCAAGGUUGAGUGGGUCGAGAGAAGCCAUAAGCAGGAGAGUCACAGUGACUAUCACGCCAGGGCCAUCAAGUGUGCUGGCGAUUUGGGGCUCGUUGUCAAGGGCAACAGACUAGCUACUCGCAGUGUCCUGAAGGAGACCGACAAGGUUCCCAGAAUCUGGAUUUUUGAGCACGUGCCCCUGUCAGUAGAUCCGGAGCAGGCCAAAGCGAUCCUGGAAACAUCCUUUGUCGACGUGACGAUGAUGCGAGUGCGGAGCUCGCGGGAUGAACGUACUCACCCGACUGAUUCCAACAUCGACAUCGUCCCCAUCAACCUCGACACUGGCAAUGGCGUCAUCACUGCAUGGGCAAGAGUUGCUCCUCCGCGCUCGGAGAAGUUGAAGCAGCGGCAGCUGCCCACUACAUCAUUGCCUCUGGAACUCAAGAAGACUUUCCGAGCAGCCGCUCCAAUUGCCGUUCCGACUGAGGCGCAGCAAGGAGGGUCUGGUGAUGCGGACAUGGCGCAGAAAGGCUCGGAGGGUCAGGCGUCGGCCGAUGCAAAGUGA